AAAAGAAAAAAAAUUUGCUGCUGGAUGAUUAUUCAUGGCGACUAUCCAACAAGGGAAUCAUCGUAAUUAAUAAACCUCUAGAUUCUAGAUCUAGAUUCUCUACUUUUCUUCUUAAUAGCCUAAAUUUCUCAGACCUGGUUUAAGAGCAGUAAAAGACCAGAAAUGAUUAUUACACUUAAAACACUACAACAGCAGACUUUCAAAAUGGAAGUGUCUCCUGAUAUUUCUGUGAAGGAACUAAAAGAAAAAAUUGAAGCAGAAAAAGGAAAAGAAUAUCCAGCAGCAGGGCAGAAACUUAUCUAUGCAGGAAAAAUUUUAGAUGAUGCAAAGAAGGUGGAAGAGUACAGAAUUGAAGAAAAAAACUUUGUAGUAGUAAUGGUGACUAAGCCCAAGCCAGCCACAGUAUCUGUAAAAGCUGUAGAGACUCCAGCUUCAUCAGAAGCUCCAGGAGCAGGUGCAGCAGCAGCUUUACAGACUUCUGUAGCAGCACCCAGUGAGAAGUCAGGUGAAACAACUAGUACUCCUGCUCCUAGCUCUGCACCGACCCCAGAAACAAUUACAGGUGCAUCGACAGCAACUGGUGAAGUUAGAGGAGACAGUUUGCAAUAUGCUGAGAGUAAUCUAGUUACUGGUCAGGCUUAUGAAAACAUGGUGCAGCAACUAAUGAUGAUGGGUUUUGAGAGAGAAAAUGUUGUCCGAGCUCUUCGUGCCAGCUUUAAUAAUCCAGAUAGAGCUGUAGAAUAUUUACUUGGGGGAAUCCCCCAUGGAGCUGAUGAAGGCAACCAACCUAGUCGUCCAACAGAAGGAAGUGAGUCCAAUGUUUCUAUGGCAUCCAACCCAACUUCUGAGAACACUGGAUCUUCUCAAACCAGCGAAGACCCUUUGGCCUUCCUGAGAUCCCAACCACAGUUUCAAAUGAUGAGGCAAGCUAUUCAAGAAAAUCCACACCUUCUGCCCCCUCUACUGCAGCAGAUUGGUCAGAAUAACCCCCCACUGUUACAGAUGAUCAGUCAAAACCAGGAACGGUUUGUGCAAAUGUUAAAUGAACCUGAUGAUGGAUCAGAGCAAGAUGUAGGUCAAGGAGCUGGGGGCACAACCCCCCCACCUGGCUCUGGUUACAUCUCUGUUACACCUGAAGAAAAGCAAGCUAUUGACAGGUUAAAAGCAUUAGGGUUCUCGGAAGCCAUGUGCAUUCAAGCUUACUUCGCAUGUGAUAAGAAUGAAGAUUUAGCUGCUAACUUUUUAUUGUCACAAAACUUUGAUGAUGAUGAAUUGCCUAGUUGAUUUCCUUUCCUGGAAAAUAAAACAAUUGCUCCUACAUUGGCAUUUAGAAAGAAAAAAAAUUCUUAUGUGAUGAUGUCAUUGGAAUGUUAUUUGGUUUUUUUUUAAUUGACUCAACUUAUUGAAUUUUUGUUUAAAUACUUGCCAAACUCUAUUAUAAUAAAUGUCCAUACAAGUUUUUAAAACUCAUCUUUUAGUUCUGGUGUUUUAUUGACUUUUACAGCUAAUGAGGAGAGUGGACUCAUGGGAUGAAAUUUUUCUACUCAUGUUCAUUAUCUUCUAUAAAAAAUAUAGUUGCAAUUAAAUUUGAAUAGUCACUUACUUUAUCAAUGUGUCUAAUUGAUCUUCUUGUAAGAUUUUCACCUUAAAAGCUGAUGGGUGAAAGUGUAUUUGAUAAUGUUAUUCAUUUAAAAGCUGAGUUUGUUUGAAUUAAAUUCUUGUUCAUACCUGUUCUGUUGGCUUAACUUGAUGAAUGUGUACAAAUGUUGAUAGCUGCCUUUGAUUGAGUCUUUGACAAUGUGUCUUUAUUAAGACUAGUUUCAGUAUUGUCAUCACUUCAUCAAGCCAUUCCAUUUUUUCAUUUGAAUUCAACACUAGGACACUUACAUUGACAUUAUGAAAUCAGCAUUCAAAAUGUGUACUGAUUUCUUGCACAGUUGGAUAAUUUAUAUGUUAAUUGAUUAUCUGAAGCAGAUUUCAAUAACUUAAUAGAUGAACCCAUUUUCAGCAUGGUUGUUUGUGUGUAUUUGUCUUAUGCUUGAGUUCUGGAUUUUUUUCCUUGGAUUGACACCAACUUGCCUGUCCCUUGUUUGCUAGUGCUACUAUGCUCUGCUCAACAGCAGAACUGUGCUGCUGAUGGCUCUUCAGUUUUCCUCUUGCUUUAAAUGCCAUAAUAAUAAUACAAAAACAGAAAGGC